AUGCAGAUCCUCUCGAGUAUCCUCCUCGCAGCCGGUCUGGCAACCAGCGUCCUGUGUCUGGACACGCCUGUCCCUUCUGCACAGACGGGCCCUGCACCUUCGGCAGUUACUCCAGCCGCUCAGUGUCAACGAGUGGGGAGUGCGAACCCGAGUUUGUUCGAAAAGAACCGCGAAGCCGCUGCUCUCCUCCCUCCCAAUUGCGAUCUACAAGCCUGUCUCAACGUAGGCCCUGUCCUCACAUGCAUCGUUAAAGCCCUGCAGAACGGCAACCUGAUCGACCUUGCCGGAUGUUUGACCACGGGCAUUCAAGAGCCCUACCACUAA